AAAAGCAAAAUGGAGGAAAACAAUGGUGCGGUACAAGUGAAAUUUGAUGUGCGUCUAGUAGAAAAAGUUCGAGAACAUCCGGUUAUUUAUGACUCGAAAGAUGAAAAUUACAAAAACCGUAAUUUCAAAGAUGAAAUUUGGAAGUCGAUCGGGCAAGAUUUAGGCUAUAUCGGUGAUGAUUGUCAGUACCGCUGGAGAGUUAUUAGAGAUAGAUAUGUUAAAAAGAAGAAAGAAAUGUUGAGGAAGCCAGGAGUACCUGAAGAUAAAAUAGUUUCAAGUUGGACAUUAUUUUAUCAAGUAGAUGAUUUCUUAUCCCCUUAUAUAGUUCAUCGUCACAGACUUACACCACAAUACGAUGAAAUGCCGAUUUAUUUUAAAGAGGAGGAUUCGGCCUCUCCACAGAUCCCAGUUUUAGAUGAAGGUUCCACACCACCUUACGUAUCCUUUGAAUCCGCUUUGGAUGAGUCUGUUGACAAUAAUGAUGGUAAUGGAGAAACACGACCACCGAAGUUAUCUCAUUAUAAUAGUGACUUAGAUGUCAGUUUUAUUGGUGCUGAUGGUUCCCUCAGAGCAUUACCAUCAUCAAGAAAAAGACGAGCUGCUAUAGGAAUCAAAGAUGAAGAAAUACAUGUGAAGCAAUUUCUUAAUAGUGGUGGAUUCUCUUUAGAUGAAGAAACUCAUUUUGGUUGUAUUGUGACAUCAACACUAAAGAGACUAGAACCAAAACAACGAGCUCUGGCCAAAUUGAAAUUAACUGAAUUAUUAUAUAAGCUUGAAUUCCCCGAAGAAAGUCCGAUACAAAUAGACACGAAUAAAAGUAACGGUAAUGAAUGAAUCAAUCAUUGUGGAUUUCUGGUUAUUUUGAGAUAUAUCUUGUUCAACUGGAAGGUUGGCCAGUUUGACGUGAGUUACGUUUUGUCCAAUAAGACAAUGCUUUAAUCUGGUAUUGAGUAGGUGACGACGAAUAAAACCGAGCAUUAAAUGUUGGGGUCCUUUUAUAUUGACCAUAUUAAUGAGGAUUCUCCAAGAUGGAGAUCUUUGCCUGUCCAGAGAGUGUAUUACUGCCCGAAAUUAGUAAAAGCACAUCCCUAAUGCAGAGCGCUUUGGUUUUGAUUUUUGCAUAAUAAGAGUGGUGAUGCGACGGGAAUUAAUUAGCCUGUGAUUACCAUAACUGUAUGGUUCGAAGACGUAUAUUGGUUGACUACAAGGGGUAUGACAAACCUAAUAUUAGAAACUAGUGUAAACUAGUUUAAUAAUCCAGUUACAGAGUUAAUGUUCAUUUGUUUAGCAUAAUACAUAAUUUAUUUGUUUCAGUUUUUUUCCAUAAUAUUGAAAGGAAUUAGCAUGCAUUUAUAUAUUUUCGUCCAUGUUCAAGUAUUUUGUUACAUUUACAGCAUAAUUAAAUGUUUAACUUAU